AUGUCCCUUCUUCUUCUAGGUGCCUCUCUGAUGUUUACGAGCACAGGAGGACAACCAGGUUCACGCUACUACACCAUGGCAUCGGUACCUUUCCAACAUGAGACUGCUACUGUAGAGGAUCUGAUUUCACUCUGCUCGUAUCCCGAGUCGGCAAAUCUCGCAGAAAUCGGGGGCAAGUUCCUGCAAUCGAAUAUUGUGCAGAUCUCGGAUGAGGUCUUAUCAAGUUUGGCAUUGGCGUUCAUCAGGAGGAAGCAGACAACCUUCACACGGCUUGCCAGCUCCUAG